UGGUUUUGGUUUGGCUGGCACGGACCCAAAACGACUCGUUCUUCGUCUGCGACUUCUAGAGAGAGAAAGCACGAAGCAGAGACAGCCCAGAAAAACAACGAAUCCUCCAACUUCUACAAUCUCGGACGGCAAAACAUCAAGACGUUCAUAUUUAUAUAGUAGCAAGUCUCUCUCUCUGAGGACCCUGUUUCUUCUGUGUUCAUCUUACAUUGCGUUUGCCCUAGAUCUUUUACGAGCAUUUGGCUCUUGGAGAUCUUUGAUCGUUCCCAGCUUCGUUGCAGCUGAAGCCAAAGCUUAUAGAUUUUUCUGUUACUAUCUGCUGAAGGUUUACCGUGGCCAAUAUACUUUGGUUUCUGGCAUUUGGGAACCGUAAAUGUUGAUAAAAAGGAGAAUUGUUAGAGGACAAGCAUAAAGCAUUUUCUUAGAUGAAGACAGCAAAAGUUUGGCGUCUGCGCAUGAGUGAAAUGCAGAUGCUGUCUGGUUCUCGCCAUCGCCCGCCAUUGAAGAAACCACUGUGGAUUAUCGUCUUGGUUCUAUUUGUAUGUCUGUUUCUAAUUUGUGCCUACAUAUACCCACCAAGCAGCAGUUCCGCUUGUUAUGUGUUUUCUUCCAAAGGAUGCAAGGUUAUUGCAGAGUGGCUUCCACCUCCUGAAAGGGAACACACGGAUGAAGAGAUUGCAUCACGUGUUGUGAUUCAUGAUAUUUUGAAUGCACCACAUGUCCUUCCCAAAAGUCCCAAAGUUGCCUUCAUGUUUUUGACGCCUGGUUCUCUUCCAUUUGAAAAAUUGUGGGAUAGGUUUUUCCAAGGUCAUGAAGGCAAAUUCUCUGUUUAUGUGCAUGCUUCUAAAACCAAACCAGUUCAUACAAGCCGGUAUUUUGUUAAUCGGAAUAUACGCAGUGACGAGGUGGUAUGGGGGAAAAUUUCUAUGGUUGAUGCAGAGAGGCGGCUGUUGGCAAAUGCUCUGCAAGAUCCAGACAAUGAGCAAUUUGUUUUGCUUUCUGAAAGUUGCGUGCCACUGUAUAACUUUGACUAUAUUUACAACUAUUUGAUGAAUACAAAUAUCAGCUUUGUUGAUUGCUUUAAGGAUCCUGGUCCUCAUGGCAACGGCAGGUAUUCAGAACACAUGUUACCAGAAGUUGAGAUGAAGAACUUUAGAAAGGGUGCACAGUGGUUUUCUGUGAAGCGACAGCAUGCUGUUAUAAUCAUGGCUGACAAUCUAUAUUACUCAAAAUUCCGUACUUACUGCGAGCCUGGUGUGGAGGGGCGGAAUUGCAUUGCUGAUGAACAUUAUCUGCCAACUUUCUUUCACAUAAUCGAUCCUAAUGGAAUUGCAAACUGGUCAAUAACCCAUGUAGACUGGUCUGAGAGAAAAUGGCAUCCAAAAUCGUAUAGGGCUCGGGAUGUAACAUAUGAGCUUUUGAAGAAUAUUACGUCCAUUGACGUCAGUGUGCAUGUCACUAGUGAUGGGAAGAAAGAAGUGCAAAGAUGGCCUUGCUUGUGGAAUGGGAUUCAGAGACCAUGUUACCUAUUUGCCAGGAAGUUCACUCCUGAAACACUAGACAAUUUGUUGCAUCUUUUUGCCAAUUACUCAUCACCUUGAGCCAACUAUUUUUGACUCGAUUCUUUGGCCGAAUCAGUUUUCGCUUUCGGCCUCCAUGUCUCUCAUGUGGCAUGAGAGUUGUAAAUUGCAGCAUAUUAUUGUGGCUUCAUUGCCUGUCAGCCACCAUUCUUGGGAUUUGGAUGCAUGGGAAACACCAGAGGCUAAGGAGGUACUGUUGCUCCUUUGAGGAUAGAUGACUAAAUUAGUUUUUUCCAUUUUGGGUUAUUAAUGCUUCUGACUUCCUUGUCAAAUUCUGGGGAAUCAUAUAAUUUAUGGUGGCCAAUCUCUGUAAAAUUUGCACAUUGUUUAGUUAAAAAUACAGCACCACACUGCUACUACAGAAACUUGCUUCUCAAUUCUGACGGAUGCCGCCCUUUUCCGUGGCUGACUCGUUCACAAGAUAGGAUUGAAGAUCACUAAUGAUUGAUGUGUAAUUUGGAAUAGGGUCACAUAUGAAUAAUAGAAUUGAGUUUUGUUACUCUAGUAUUA